GGGACGAUGCGCUUGCGCCCAGAGAGCUCACACCAUAUGUGCCCUGUCCCAGUACGCGGGUCUGUGGAGAGCCGGUGCGAGAGGCGGCAGCGCGGAGGAGAACGGAGCCGAACGGAGAGCAAAGUCGGACGUGGAGAGUGAAUCUGUGAGAGACCGACUAGAGGAGUUGGAACCACGAGCGCUGCCACCACGCGAUGGGGAAGAAGCAGAAAAACAAGAGUGAAGACAGUGCCAAGGAUGACAUUGAUCUUGAUGCCUUGGCUGCAGAAAUAGAAGGAGCUGGUGCUGCCAAGGAACAGGAGCCUCAAAAGUCCAAGGGGAAAAAGAAAAAAGAGAAAAAACGGCAAGACUUUGAUGAAGAUGAUAUCCUGAAAGAACUGGAAGAAUUGUCUUGGGAGGCUCAAGGCAUCAAAACUGACAGCGAAACUGCUGCUGUAAAGCCAACAGAAAAUAAUGAAGAAGAAUCCACCUCAAAACAAGAUAAAAAAAAGAAAGGACAGAAAGCCAAAAAACAAAGUUUUGAUGAUGACAGUGAAGAAUUAGAAAAUAAGGAUUCAAAAUCAAAAAAGACUGCAAAACCAAAAGUGGAAAUGUACUCUGGGAGUGAUGGUGAUGAUGAUGAUGAUUUUAACAAACUUUCUAAAAAAGCUAAAGGGAAAGCUCAAAAAUCAAAUAAAAAGUGGGAUGGGUCAGAAGAGGAGGAGGAUAACAGUAAGAAAAUUAAAGAGCGUUCCAGAGUGAAUUCUUCAGGGGAAAGUGGAGAUGAAUCAGAUGAAGUUUUGCAGUCUAGAAAAGGACAGAAAAAAAAUAAAAAAAAUAAGGUAGGUCCUAAUGUAGAGAGUGGGAAUGAAGAUGAAGACUCCUUCAAAAUUAAGACAGUGGCCCAAAAGAAGGCAGAAAAGAAAGAGCGAGAGAGAAAAAAGCGAGAGGAAGAAAAGGCAAAAUUGCGGAAGCUGAAAGAAAAAGAAGAGUUAGAAACUGGUAAAAAGGAUCAGAGUAAACAAAAAGAACCUCAGAGGAAAUCUGAAGAGGAAACUGUAAAAUCCAAAGUGACUCUUGACACUGGAGCAGCCCCUGCCACUGAUGAGAAAGGAGAGGUGUCUGCAGCCAUUGAAGAUGACAAUGAAGGAGACAAAAAGAAAAAAGAUAAGAAGAAAAAGAAAGUAGAAAAGGAAGACAAAGAAAAAGAGAAGAAAAAAGGACCUAGCAAAGCCACAGUUAAAGCUAUGCAGGAAGCUCUGGCUAAGCUUAAAGAAGAAGAAGAGAGACAGAAACGAGAAGAGGAAGAACGCAUAAAACGGCUUGAAGAAUUGGAAGCCAAGCGGAAAGAAGAGGAAAGAUUGGAACAAGAAAAAAGAGAAAGGAAAAAGCAAAAAGAAAAAGAAAGAAAAGAACGCUUAAAAAAAGAAGGGAAGCUUUUAACUAAAUCUCAGAGAGAAGCCAGAGCCAGAGCUGAAGCUACUCUUAAACUUCUACAAGCUCAGGGUGUUGAAGUGCCAUCAAAAGACUCUUUGCCAAAGAAAAGGCCAAUUUAUGAAGACAAAAAGAGGAAAAAGACUCCACAGCAGCUAGAAAAUAAAGAAGUGUCUGAGCCAAUAGAAUUAAGUGCUGCUGUAGAAGUUGUGGAACAAGGAAUACCAGAAAAAGAAGAGUCACCACCUCCUAUUGAAGCAGAAGAGGAAGAAGAUACUGAGGAUGAUGGAUUGGAUGACUGGGAAGCUAUGGUCAGUGAUGAGGAGAGAGAAAAAGAAGGAAACACAGUGCAUAUAGAAGUAAAAGAAAACCCAGAGGAGGAGGAGGAGGAGGAAGAGGAGGAGGAGGAAGAAGAAAGUGAAGAAGAAGAGGAAGAUGAAGGAGAAAGCGAAGGCAGUGAAGGUGAAGAAGAUGAAGAAAAGGUGUCAGAUGAGAAAGAUUCGGGGAAAACAUUAGAUAAAAAGCCAAGUAAAGAAAUGAGCUCAGAAUCUGAAUAUGACUCUGAUGAUGAUCGAACUAAAGAAGAACGGACUUAUGACAAAGCAAAGCGGAGGAUUGAGAAACGGCGACUUGAACACAGUAAAAAUGUAAAUACGGAAAAGCUAAGAGCUCCUGUUAUAUGUGUACUUGGACAUGUGGACACAGGGAAGACAAAAAUUCUAGAUAAGCUCCGUCACACGCAUGUACAAGAUGGUGAAGCAGGUGGUAUCACACAGCAAAUUGGCGCCACCAAUGUUCCCCUUGAAGCUAUUAAUGAACAGACUAAGAUGAUUAAAAAUUUCGACAGAGAGAACGUACGUAUUCCAGGAAUGCUGAUUAUUGAUACUCCUGGGCAUGAGUCUUUCAGUAAUCUGAGAAACAGAGGAAGCUCUCUUUGUGAUAUUGCCAUUUUAGUUGUUGAUAUUAUGCACGGUUUGGAGCCCCAGACAAUUGAAUCUAUCAACCUUCUGAAAUCCAAAAAAUGUCCCUUUGUUGUUGCACUCAAUAAGAUUGAUAGGCUGUAUGAUUGGAAAAAAAGUCCCGACUCUGAUGUGGCUGCCACUUUAAAGAAGCAGAAAAAGAAUACAAAAGAUGAAUUUGAGGAGCGAGCAAAGGCUAUUAUAGUGGAAUUUGCACAGCAGGGUUUGAAUGCGGCUUUGUUUUAUGAGAAUAAAGACCCCCGCACUUUUGUGUCCUUGGUACCUACCUCUGCACAUACUGGUGAUGGAAUGGGCAGUCUUAUCUGCCUUCUCGUCGAGCUAACUCAGACCAUGUUGAGCAAGAGACUUGCACACUGUGAAGAGCUCAGAGCCCAGGUGAUGGAGGUUAAGGCUCUCCCAGGAAUGGGCACCACUAUAGAUGUAAUAUUGAUCAAUGGGCGUUUGAAGGAAGGAGAUACAAUUAUUGUUCCUGGAGUAGAAGGGCCUAUUGUAACUCAGAUCCGAGGCCUCCUAUUACCUCCACCUAUGAAGGAGUUACGAGUGAAGAACCAGUAUGAAAAGCAUAAAGAAGUAGAAGCAGCUCAGGGGGUAAAGAUUCUUGGAAAAGACCUGGAGAAAACAUUGGCUGGUUUACCCCUCCUGGUAGCUUAUAAGGAAGAUGAAAUUCCAGUGCUUAAAGAUGAAUUAAUUCAUGAGUUAAAGCAGACACUAAAUGCUAUCAAAUUAGAAGAAAAAGGAGUCUAUGUCCAGGCGUCUACUCUGGGCUCUUUGGAAGCUCUGUUGGAAUUCCUAAGAACGUCAGAAGUGCCCUAUGCAGGAAUUAACAUCGGUCCAGUCCAUAAAAAGGACGUCAUGAAGGCUUCAGUGAUGCUGGAACAUGAUCCUCAGUAUGCAGUCAUUUUGGCCUUUGAUGUGAGAAUCGAACGGGAUGCACAAGAAAUGGCUGAUAGUUUAGGAGUUAGAAUUUUUAGUGCAGAAAUUAUUUAUCAUUUAUUUGAUGCCUUUACAAAGUACAGACAAGAUUACAAGAAACAGAAACAAGAAGAAUUUAAGCACAUAGCAGUAUUUCCCUGCAAGAUGAAAAUCCUCCCACAGUAUAUUUUCAAUUCUCGAGACCCAAUAGUAAUUGGUGUGACUGUGGAAGCAGGUCAGGUGAAACAAGGGACCCCCAUGUGCGUCCCUAGCAAAAAUUUUGUUGACAUUGGAAUAGUAACAAGUAUUGAAAUAAACCAUAAACAAGUGGAUGUUGCAAAAAAGGGACAAGAAGUCUGUGUCAAAAUAGAACCUAUCCCUGGUGAAUCUCCCAAAAUGUAUGGAAGACAUUUUGAAGCUACAGACAUUCUCGUCAGUAAGAUCAGCAGGCAGUCCAUCGACGCUCUCAAAGACUGGUUCAGAGACGAGAUGCAGAAGAGCGACUGGCAGCUUAUUGUGGAGCUGAAGAAAGUCUUUGAAAUCAUCUAGUUUUUCCACAUGGGGCAAGAAUUGGAGUAGUGCAAGAAAAAACAAGAUUAAAAAAUGGAAUGGACAUAUAUGGACACUGAUGCACUUAAGAAUGGAAGGAAAAAAAUAGAUGUAUAAAAUGUUUUCCAUGAGAAACCAAGAAACUUACACUGGUUUGACAGUGGUCGAAUACAUGUCCCCACAGUUCCAAUGUGCCUGUCCACUUGCCCGCUCCUUCCCAACCUCUCUUUACUGGCUGCUGUUUUAAAGUCUGCCCUUCCCCGAAUUUGGAUUUUUAUUACAGAUCUAAAGCUCUUCCGAUUUUAUACUGAUUAAAUCAGUACUGCAGUAUUUGAUUAACCAAGCUUCUGCAGAUUUUGUGAUUCUUGACUUUUUUGAUGUGAGAAACACUUUAUUUAUGCAUCUCCUUCCCACAGUCAUUUUUUUUGCAGCAUUAUUCUGCCAUGUGUCCUUAGGAAUUUUUUAAAAUAGAAAAGUAGGCAUUCUGGUAUUUAUCUGCUUGGUGUGAAAUCCAUGGUGUAAAAGUGUAGCUGGCUGCGGUUUACUGCUUGUCUAGUCAUGAGAGUCCACUGUAAUCAAUGCACAGUUCUGAUACCAAUAAAGAAAACACAUUCACCAGAGAGCUUUUAGGCUUCCAUGUUAGAGUAGCUUCUCUCCCAUAAGUCACCAGCUCUUUCUUUUAAGGACAGGAGCUGUUAACUGUCCUACCUUGUGUACCAGCACAUGUUAACACUAGAAAUUGUAUACAUCAAUUUUGGCCUAGAAAAUCUAUCAUGCAUACAUUUUCUGAUGAGACAAUCAACAGGGCAUUGAUAACUAUUUGGGCUUAGUGCUUCUAAAUUGUUGCAGAGAUGUCAUAAUGAAUUACUAAUUCACAUUAGUAAUGGGAUUAUAUAGCUAGUUUUAUGGUUUUCCUAAAAAAUGUGGAAAGUGGGUCCACAUGAGGAUAUACUCCUUUCCCCAAUGUAAGAAAUCUUUUAGUGUGAGAUUAAUUCUUAUAAUAGAUCUCAAAGAUCUUACUACCUAUUUAUAGCAGUGUUGAAUGAAGUCAGUGUGGGGUGUUUAAAGAUUAAUGUUUCCAAGUACUGCUGUAGAGUUAUAUUUUUAAAGUGUAUGGCAUAACACACAACAAAAAUACUUUAUAUACAUAAUUUGGAAAUCUGUACCAUUCAUUAUUGAAGUUUCUCAAGGGCAGUAGAGGCAAAGAAAAAAACACCUCUAAACCACCUGUGGGGACAUAAUUUUCCCAGGAAAAAUUUGAUCUUUAAUUGUGUAUGUUCCAAUUCAAAGUAUGUAAAUUCCUCCACUUGGAAGAAGUAAAGAUUUUCUUAACAUG